UCUCUCUCUGACACACACAAAACAUAACCUUACUUCUUCUUCUUCUUCUUCUUCUCCCUCUCUCUCUCUCUAGAUCUAUCUCGCUCUAGAUUAAUUAACACACACGCACAAAAGCACAAGCUUAAAGAUUCUCGCUCUGAUGGCUGGAGGAGAGAAAAGAAGAGGACUUAGCAAAUCGUGUGCCCUUCUCAUAGUGAUUGCUGGGAUAGAGAGAUAUGCAUUCAAAGGAGUUGCAUCAAACUUGGUGACAUAUCUAACUGAUGUGGUAAAGAUGAGCAAUUCAAGAGCAGCCACGACUGUUAAUACUUGGAGUGGCUUCACUUUCAUGUUGCCUCUCUUCUCUGCUCCUUUCGCCGAUUCUUAUUGGGACAGAUUCUUCACCAUCCUCGCUUCUUCUUCUCUCUACUUUGUGGGACUAGUGGGAUUGACAUAUACGGCAUUUGCUGGGUCACGUUCCACUACUAAAACCAUCUCUCUUUACUUCCUCUACACUUCACUUUGCCUCGUCGCUCUCGGCUUAGGCGUCUUGAACCCAUCUCUACAAGCCUUUGGUGCUGACCAGCUCGACCACGACCUUGACCAAGACCACGACCACGAGCCAUCCUCAGAGAACAAAGAAGUCCAGUCGAACCACAAGUCUCAGUUUUUCCAAUGGUGGUACUUUGGUGUCUGCGCUGGUAGCCUUCUAGGAGUCACCGUCAUGUCUUAUAUCCAAGACACAUAUGGUUGGGUUCUCGGUUUUGCGAUCCCAACCGGUUCGAUGUUGUUGUUGAUCCUCUUGUUCCUAUGUGGCUGUGGGGUUUAUGUCUAUGGUGGUCCGGGUCAAGACCUCAAAGCUAAACCAUUUCAAAGGAUUUUAGAGCUAAUCAAAGAAAGAGUAUGUAGAAGAAGUAAGAUCACUCUUGUGAAUGACCACGAUUUAAAUGCCAUGGAACUAGAGUUGCAAGAGAAGCCCCUAUGUAACUGUAGCAACACUGAAGCCACUACAAAUACUACUAGCAAGAAGAGCUUAGCAGAUGAAAAAAGCUGCAAAAGCGGUUUCUCAGGCCUCGAAACCGUCAAGCUAUUGCUUCGUCUUUUGCCGAUAUGGAUGAUGCUUCUAAUGUUUGCAGUCAUAUUCCAGCAACCCGCGACCUUUUUCACAAAGCAAGGUAUGACCAUGAAGAGAAACAUCGGACCAAACUUCAAAAUCCCACCCGCAACGCUACAAAGCACAAUCACUCUAUCCAUAAUCCUCCUCAUGCCGUUAUACGACAAAGUCUUGAUCCCAAUCGCCAAGAAAAUCUUGAAAAACGAAAAGGGUAUUUCCGUCAUGGAAAGAAUGGGAAUAGGGAUGUUCCUAUCCAUCAUUGCCAUUGUUAUCGCCGCGUUGGUCGAAAGAAAAAGACUAAAGAUAAGCAAGAAGAUGAAGAUUUCACCGAAUUUGGACCCUUUGAGCAUAUUUUGGCUCCUGCCUCAAUACAUUCUAUUGGGAAUCUCGGACAUUUUCACGGUUGUUGGAAUGCAAGAGUUCUUCUACAGUGAGGUUCCGGUUAGAAUGAGAACAAUGGGGUUUGCUUUGUACACGAGCGUUUUCGGUGUGGGGAGUUUUGUGAGCGCUGCGUUGAUUUCGAUCAUCGAGAGUUACACGAGGUCCAGAGGUGGGAAACAUAACUGGUUUGCAGAUGAUAUGUCGGAAGCUCGACUUGAUAACUAUUAUUGGCUUUUGGCUCUCACUAGUGCUAUUAGCUUUCUGAUGUAUUUUGUUAUUUGCAAGAAUUUCAAGAGUAGUAGUGAUGAUGCCCAAUGUGAUGAAAAUUGUUAAUACAUUAAAAACAGCUCUUGUUCACAGUUAGU